AUGUCUGACAAUAGGGUUUCCUUUACGUAUGAUGAAUACCGUGCUGCUGGAUGGUCUCGCGAUGGAAUAAUCAGUGGUGAGGCGGGCCCAGUGCGCGGGAGGAUACCUCUGGAAGGUGAACCAUCUCUUGCGUCAGGAGAUCCUUAUUCAUAUCCUCCCUCACAGUUCCAACCUCUCGUAUCAAGAAGCGGAUACUCAUCAGGACAUUCUGGACGAUACUCAGAUUCCGGAACUCCAGUAGUUUAUACGGCAGACCCAGGAAGACAAUAUAUACCUACAUUUGACAACCCAAGUAUUGCCCAACCCCAACCACAGACCGCGCAACAGUUUCACCAGUCUAGUCCACCACCACUAUCCAUAAAUUCAAGUGCUCUUAACCCCUCAAUCAUAAACCCUCAGGAAGUCCAGGAUUAUGGUAGUCUCGCAGCUGCUCAUAACUAUGCUCAGGUGCAGAGUGCUACUCGCGAUUUUGUUGAAGGUCAACGAGAGCUCUCCCCGCCUUCACGGGUGCCUUCUUCCAUCUACGCCCAGUCCAGUAGCUCACCGGUAACUUGGGAUCAGCUACAGACCGAGAUACCUGGAGCAAAGUACAUCCCCCUUAAAGAUGGAGAAUUGCCCUAUGGAACAUGGUCUACUGUGCCUUGGGACUCAGGAUAUAAUCCGGGGUUCCAGAAAACCCAUCCACGUAAUAAGGGUCCCGUAGCUGAUCUGUGGAGAGAUACAUGGCAGGGUCAAGAGGGUUGUGAGGAAGAACGGAUAUGUCUUAUGUUUGACCAUGUAGACUUAUAUCGACUGGCAUACAUCACUACAGUUCAUCUGGGAUCAGUCGAAAGACCUGACACCAUGGUUGAAGGUAUGAAAACACCUGGAGGAAGUGACCUAGUAAACUGGCUUCGUGACAUAGUGGAAAUACUCAAUGAGGCCGGCAGACCACCAGGCUUUGGAGGAAUAUCCCAUAGGCGACCAGACGCCUUUAAUCAGCAGCAAGUGAGAGACUUGUUUGCUAUCAUGGCCAACAGAGACAACAUUAACCGUGGAAAUGCAUUCAACAUAUUAGAGAGGUGGGUGUGGCUUUCUGGAUGGUCUCCUCGACUAGUCCUUCGCAACGUGCCAGAAACCAUUGUCAGCCAUUGGAAACACAGUUAUCAGACUGCCCUGACGGAUAGAGCCCUCCGAUGGGACUGGCGAAUCAAGGAGUUCAUCUAUGAAGAAACUGUUGAUAGCAAAGGAAGAGCGGUUUGGGCAUUGAAGCUCAAUAAACCAGGCAGUCAACCUUCAGGGUCAACUUCAAAAGAAGAACAACCUUCAGGAUCAAUGUCAAAAGAGCAACAACCUAUGCCAUCAAAACACUUGAGACGACACAUUAAACAUUCUAGACCUUCGACUUCAAGCUCCUCGCGUCAUCAGCAUCACUCACAGUCCUCAAAUCAAGAUGUAGAAUAUACAGGCAAGGGAAAAAAGCCACGUCAUUGA